CUCACUCACCUGAUCAUGUAAACAUAACAUAACGUCGAAAUGCGUUUUUUAAGGAACUGCACUUUAUUUGCCCACCAAGCGCGCAACUCAUCCACGCAAUCUGGCCGCCGGCGAGUGGUGGUCACGGGAAGUGGAGCAGUCACGCCUCUGGCCAACAAUGGACCGGAUUCCUGGCAACGAAUUCUGGCCGGCGAGUCCGCAAUCUCUCGGCUGGGACCGGAGUUCAAGGGCCUGCCCUGUCAGGUGGCUGCACAAAUACCCAGAGACAAGCUGCAGUUGGAUCAGCACCUGACCAAGUCGGAUAUCAAAUUGAUGAGCCCCGCCACCCAAUUGGCUGUACUGGCGGCGGAGGAGGCUCUGGCCACCGGUAAGCUGAACCCCAAGGAGCUGAGCGAAGAGCAGCGGGAGCGCUUUGGCGUCUGCGUGGGCAUGGGCAUGUUCGACCUGGCGGAGGUCUACGGAGCCUGGAACCAGCUGCAGAGAGGCUACAACAGAGUCAGCCCCUUCUUUGUGCCCAGACUCCUGCCCAGCAUGGCGUGUGGUCACAUCAGCAUGCGACAUGGCUUGAGAGGGCCCAACCACUCGGUGUCCACAGCCUGUGCCACAGGAGCCCAUGCUUUGGGCGAUGCCAUGCGGUUUAUCCGCAACGGAGAUGCGGAUGUGAUGCUGGCGGGGAGUGGCGAGGCCUGCAUAGAUCCCCUCUCCAUCGCUGGAUUCUGUAGAUUGCGAGCGUUGAGCACGGCAUUCAACGAUAACCCGUCGGUGGCCUCCAGACCCUUUGACAAAUCCCGGGAUGGCUUCGUGAUGGGCGAGGGAGCAGCUGUGUUAUUGCUGGAGGAACUGGAGCAUGCUCGUGCUCGAGGAGCUCCCAUCCUGGCCGAGAUCCUGGGCUAUGGUUUGUCCGGCGAUGCCUAUCACAUAACCUCGCCAAGCGAGGACGGCGCCGGAGCUACGCUAGCCAUGAAGCGAACCAUACAGGAUGCUGGGAUUUCUCCGCAUGAAGUCACCUACGUAAAUGCCCACGCCACCUCCACGCCCACGGGCGACCGCAUCGAGUCGCACGCUAUAGGACGUGUCUUUGGCGAGCACACCCCCCAGGUGAGGGUCUCCUCGACCAAGGGAGCGCACGGACACCUGCUGGGCUCGUCCGGCAAUCUGGAGGCUCUUUUUGUGGUUCUCGCCUGUGCGGAAAACAAGCUGCCGCCCUCCAUCAACAUUGAGCAUCUGGAUGUGGACGUCAACGUUGUCAGGGAAGCCACCGAGUGGUCACCAGAUCAAAAACGACGCAUUGCCCUCAAGAACUCCUUUGGUUUCGGAGGAACCAAUGCCUCCUUGUGCAUUGCCAGCUUUUCCCAAUAAUUGCUAAGAGUUGUUAACUAUUUUUAAAGACCGCAAAGUGAAUAAAGUCCUCAAAUGUUUGCAUAUUUUUAGGAAAAA